AACACUGACGGCACUAUUUACUUUCCACCACAUACUCAGCAGACACACUUUAGCGUUCGAAGCGAGUGUUUGAAUUUUCUCCCAGACUUUAUGAAGAUUUGAAAACAUUUGACCAUGGAUGGAGAUGUGCUGUCGUUGUCUUCUUUCUCGUCAUUAUCUUCCUCAGCAGCGUCUGGGACACAGAAAGAAACUUCACCAAAAAGCUACAGCAGCCUCCCUCAGAGCCAACAGGAUCACAAAUCAACUGAAGAAUUAUGGACGGGGGAUGUGGGUCCAGUGGGAGGUCGGCUGCUGUCCACUGAGGAGCAGGUCACUCUGAUCACUGAGAGCAUGAUCGUCACCUCCACUGACCAGGAGAAACUGCAGCUGCUCAACAAGAACACUGAGCUCCGCAGAGUCAACAAAGAGCUGAUGAAGCUCAAUGAGGACUGGGACCAGGUGUACCGCAGUGCCACGCUGGGUCUACAGAGCAGACUGGAGGCGUUGGAGCUUGAGAACACUGCCAUCAAACAGCUCAACGGCAGACUGCUGCUCAAAGUCGACCACCAGCAGAGUGCAAAGGAGUACUAUGAGCAGGCAUUGAUGCAGGAGCUGAGAAAGAACCAGGAGCUGCAUGAAUACAUCAGAUUGUUGGAAAACAGAAUGCACCAGCCGGACAGAGACAGACCUCCUGCCCCACAGGGCAGCUUCAGUGCUGUGAUACACGGUCCCCUGUCGGGCCCCAUCACUGAUCCUCCUGGAUGUCCCGAACUGUCGCCCAGUCACGUCUCUGGGUACAGCCCCUCAUCCACCCUUUCACACCCUUCUUCCAGCCCAGAGGCAGGGUGGCAAGGAAAAAGCCAGAAAAGUGCUACCCCACUGGGAGAAGUGAAGGCUCUAAAAGAGCAGCUGGAGGCACUGCAAUGUCAGACCCAGAUUUAUGAAGAAGAAUAUCAGACAGAGCAUAAUGACCACAAACGCACGCUGCAAGAGAACCGCAGGCUGAGGAGGAAGAGGGAGGAGACGCGCCAACAGGUGGCACUGCUGCAGGAGCAGCUCAAGGUCUAUGAGGAUGACUUCCGACGGGAGCGGUCUGACAAACAGAUGCUGCAGCGGCUAUUGCUGAAGAAAACGCCUCCGAACAAGGACCCCGUGCUCGUCCACCGCUGCAAUAAUGAGCAGCAGCCAGCAGGAGGAGACACGAGGACACAGAGUGGAGAAAAGAGAAAACAGCACCACCCACUCUGCCCCAAACACCCCAACAGGGACUAGGAGUCAGGGUGGGGGGGGGGGGGCAUCAUCAUAAAACAGUCAAAUUAAGUUAUAUAUUAAUGACCCUGCUAAAUGUUAGCACUCAAUCUUCACUUAUCCUUCACCUUCCUCACUGACAUUACUUCAAUCUGAUUAAUGAAGGCAAAUUCAUGUUGUUGUUUAUGGAAAAUAGUCAAAUAUGAGUAUAUCCUUGGUUAGAUACAUUUCUGUUCUUUAGGGUUUGUUCUGCUACCCCUCAUAAUAAAGAAGGUUAUAGUUAGAUUGAAGUUUAUUUUCUACAGGGACUUCCUGUAUAUUACGGACCAUAUCAGAACAAGUUCUCAGUUUGUUACGUAUAUUUAAUUAAUAUAUCUAAUACAAAUAUUUGUUGAUACAUCUCAAUAUACCCUAGCUGUUAAUCUAAAGGUAAUGUUUUUGUUUACUCAGAAUUUUGACACAUUUUAAAGCCAUUAAAAAAUAUA